AUGCUCCAGCUGCCGUCCUCGGCAGCGACGGCGUCGGCCACUGAGGCGGCGGUGGUCCCCGGCGUCAAGUCCCGAACGCCCGAUGCGCUCGGAAAGCCGAGCCCGACCAUCGACCUGACCCUGUUUGCCCUGGUCCGCGGCCUAGACACGCUGGUGCGCGCCGCGCCCCUCAUCCUCGCUUCCUCGAGCACCGCCGCCGCCGCAUCGGCCGCCGUCGGCAGCAAGGUCAGCAUCGCAGGCGGCAAUGCGGCACGGGCGUCGCCGCCACCGCGCUCGGCGUCGCGGCUGUCGCGCCUCGGCUCUGCGCUGUCGGACCAGGCCGAAGGACUCAUCUUUGUCGUGUGCUGCGCCCAGAUCAUGUGGGCGUGGUUUUACCACCAGGAGCGGCUGCCGCCCACGUACGUCAAGUGGAUCACCAACCUGGCCACCAUGGACGAGCGCCUGCUGCUGGCGCUCCGCGGGAUGCGCUACGGCCAGCCGAUCAAGUGGAGCUACAAGGACCGCGACAUCACGCCGGCGGGCGUCGAGCUCGUCUCGUCGCUCUCCGAGGAGCUCGGGUACCCGUACGAGUGGGGCGACCCGACGCGCAUCCCCAACACGGCGGCCGAGGCGAGGCAGAUGCUCCUCGAGGCGCGCCGCGCCAACGCCGAGCCGGUACGCAACCUCGCCAAGGUCGUCGUCGGCGCCGCGCGCAGCGCCGCGUUUCUCGCCACGUUCAUCGUGGGGAACUGGUACCCAAUCUGCCUGGCGCGCAGCCACCUGCCGCGUCUGUUUCCCGCUGUGCCCUUUUCCUUCUGGGACAGCGGCCUGGGCCCGCUGCUGGGCAGCAUCGCGUGCGGCUUCAGCAUCUUUAUCGAGGAGAAGCGCAAGCGCGCCGAAAUGGCCCUUUACGUCGCGCCGCGCGCCCUCUUCGCCGUGGCCGAAUCGACGCGCAACGGCUGGCUCAGCGAGGGGAGGCGCAGCGCGCUCUGGUGCGAACGAGUCAUUUUCGGCAUGGCGGUGGGCACCGUGGUCGCGACGGCAAAGUACCGACCGGACCAGCUGCGCGGCAUCACGGGCGCCAUGGGCUGGGUCGUCCGCCGGCCCGGUAGCGUACCCGCGGUCAAGGGGCGGUACGCUAGAGGCCGAUAG